UAUUUGGAUAGAUGUUGUAUCCAUAGAGCUUAGGCCACGUGGCACAAUUUGCGCCAAAAAAUCAAAUCCAAAAAACAGAGAAGUCAUCAUCUUUUCACUCCAAAUCUUCCAGUCACUCAAAUCAUUCUCUCAUGGCAGCUUCUUCCUCAAUUCCGCCGUCAACCGCCGUAACCUCCGUCGUUCGCAAAUCUCUCCUCCUCUCAACCACCUUCUCCUUCCCCGCUUCUUCAUUGUCUCCCUCCACGAAACUACCACAAAGACACAUUCAAAGAUUGCUCCUAGCUUCCUCCUCCGCAUCCGCAUCCACCGUUCCUUCCGAUUCCAAACCGGCGAAGAAAGAAACAGUCUACUUCGACGGCGGAGCUCAUUACGGAGAUCUAUUAGCCAAUCUCAUUCUAGGUCUAACCAUCCUUUGGCUCCCACUAACCUUAGCUGCAGUGUCUCGAGCUUUUAACCUUCGUUACAGGUUCACUAACCUCCGCGUGACGGUUAUUUCGGGACUCACCGGAGAUGAUCGGAGCGAUUUCUCGUACAAAGUGAUAAAAGACGUUCAAGUUGUGCCGAGGUUCAUCGGAGAAUGGGGAGAUAUCAUCAUUACUUUGAAAGAUGGAACUAAAGUGGAUUUGAGAAGUGUCCCUAAGUUCAGAGAGAUUGCUAAGUACUGUUUAUCUAUGGCUGAUCAACCUGCUGUUUUGAAAGAAUCUGGUGCUAAAGGCUUUUGAUUAUUUCUCAUUUCUGGGCAAAAUUGAUUCUUCUUGUUGUGAUUUCUUCAGUACAAAUCGAAUCCUUUCCAUGUUCUUUCAUUUGUUAUUGAUUUCUUCAUCUCUGUAUUGUUAAGACGAUCGUAUCUAAACGGCGCGCGAUUUUAGCUCUACAAUAAGAAACGGCGUGAUGUUUGGUUAAUGUUGAAACGGCAGGUAGUCCUCUUUUAGAUUAGAGAAAUGGCAUGGAUAUUAAUACUAUCUUCUUCUUUUUUAUUCAUAUGGCUGCAUUUUAAGAAUAUAGAGGAU